CCAAGUUCUAUUCAUUCUCUUGAAAUACAAACACUAUAGGUACGUUCCUACGAUAUGAAUGCAUUAAACAAACUUUUUCUCAAAAACCUUAAGCACCAUAUUUUCCGCGUUCAAAGUUGUAUUAUGUCACUCAAACGUUGAAUAAAAGUCCUCAAAAUAUCAUUUCUAUUUCUGGCACAAGAAGGUUGGUUAGGGCCAGCAGCAGAAGUAUAGGAACUGCAGCAACAGCACCAUCACCAUCACCAACACACAAAAUCAAAAUCAAAAAACCACCAAGCGUUUGCUUUUAGCGAAAAUGCAUACUGCAUUUUCUAUGAAAGGAUCUCUUAGCAGGCUAACAAAAGCACUCAACCAAUGCAAGUGCAAAUAGUAAAUCUCGUGAAUGUGCAUAGUGAAUGAUGGUGUCAGGAAGGCUAUGUAUACGAACGCCCAACAGGAAAAGGAUGCAUUUUUCGAUAUGGACUCUUACACGAAAAAAUGUGUGACACAAAGAGCCCAUGGUUCGUUCCACUCACUACUGCUGCAGAUACAAAUCUGAAGCUAUUUAAAAAUUCAAUCUAUAGCCUUGCCACAACAUUGAAUUGAAUUGAAUAAUACGAAUAGGUAUAUAAGAUGAUAGAGGAUGGUAUGUACAAUUUACAUACCUACAUAUAUCCCGGAACUGGGCUUCACUUAAGAAGGACACCUAUACUCCUACGUGCGAACACAAUUUCAUGAAUAGCUAAGUUGUCGAAUAGUCCAAGGAAACAUCAUCAUUUGUGGAGCACGCAGCGGAAUCAUUAAAUUUAUUAGGAAGAGCAAAUUUAUUUCAAUUAUCCCUGCUCUAAGGGAUAAGGCGUGCGCGUUGGAACGUUAAGUUUAUUUGUCUUUCAACUUUCAUUCACUGUUUGUCUAUCGAAGUCGAAGGGUAUACCAUACCUACUAUCUACUAAUAGUUUACAGUUUGAAAUGCUCUGUCGCUUCCUCAUUGUUUGGUUCGGGUGGAUUUGUGUGUGCCUGUUAAUAAUGUCUCCCGAGACCAAGUGCAUUGAUAUCGCGAAAAGUUUGACAAAACUCUUGGAUAACUUCAAGGAUGCAAGUUAUCUACCAAGGGAUGUGCACUUCGGCUUGAAUUUAGCCUUCAAAUUACUAUCGGAAACUGUUAAGGAAGCGCUUUGGCAGCAAAACCCUCUGGCGACAUGGAUCGAAAUGAGUUUUAUUGGAAAACUUUAGAGUAUUUGAAAGUUCUGAAGAGCAGCAGCCACACUCGAAAUAUUUCAGUGAACGAUGAAAUAAUCUUGCAAAGUAUUUCGGAAAAUUCUGAAGUGUGGCAACGUACUAUUAAACACCGACAUUUGGAUGAGGGGAACUUUAAGGACACGUUCUCGGUCUAUGAAUGGAUUGUAGACAAGGGACAUCCGACAGCUUUAGAUUCAGAUAGGUGUAUAGGCCAGUUGGGUUCAACUAAAACAUGUGUAAUUAGUUCGAAGUGUGUGUCAAUGAUGAUUUCCCAAGAACAAGCAUAUGGCUACCAUAAAACCCAUCAGUUGUUAUUUCUUCUUUUUAUGUUGUUAAAGGGUUGCUCAAACUACUUACCACACAACAAGUCAAUUGACGUUAUAAUUGCAGAAAAGUGUUCUGACAUUUAUCAUGAACAAAUGAUUUUGUUAUCAUCUGGUGUACCCAAUGACUACAAGGAUUUAUUCAUAGAACAAAGUUUGUUUUGUGGAAUCGUGGGAUAUUCGGAGUUUUUGGCAAUAGCUCAAUUGAAAUCAAUACCUUUGUGGCAAUCAACUAAUGGAUGCUUUAAAACUGGCUCUGAAAGCUUCGAAAACAAAAAUCCAGCAUGCAUGAACCAUAUAAAUAGUUUAGGACUUGCUCUAUACUCAAAUAUCAUUUCAAAGUUCAGUGAUGAUCAGCUGACAUAAUUAUGUAACAUAUUUGGAUGAAAACAAUGCAAACAGAAUCCUUAACCUUAGAACCCUACAAAUGGUUCUGUGUCGGCCUUUUUAACAAGGAAAAACACUCAUCUGUGGAAACCAUUAAAUUAAUGUGUGUGCCAAAUGUGUUAAAAACACGUUUCAAUAAAAAUUGUGU